AUGCAUAAAAUAUUUGUUCCGCAGCUUGCGGUCGCUGAUUUCGAAGUGCAGAAUGUUGCAGAUGCUCUACGACAAUUGGAGUCAAUCUCAACCAAAGACAGUGGAUCGUUUUCCUUCUAUUACAAAAAGGAUGCGCACACUGGUACAUUCUAUAAACUGUUCUCAAGAAGCGGUGGUCGUUUGGUGUUGGCGGAAAAGGAAUACAUCUACAGACCGUUGGAACGUUCAUCGACGCCUCGAAUUCGUUUGGUGUUGGCCGUUCCUUCUGAUCGAGUCCAUGUGACAACUCAGCACGAGUGA